GAACUAAUACCUAAUUGCGACGGUCACGGAGGAAGAGGAAGAAGGAGAAGGAGAAGGAAGAAGAAGAGAAAAGUGCAGCGAUGUUUAGGAACCAGUACGACACUGAUGUCACUACCUGGAGCCCGGCGGGGAGGCUGUUCCAGGUUGAGUACGCCAUGGAGGCUGUCAAGCAGGGCGCAGCAGCGGUCGGCCUCCGCUCCGCCUCGCACGUCGUCCUCGCCACCGUCAACAAGGCCGCCUCCGAUCUCUCCUCCUACCAGAAAAAGGUAUUCAAGAUCGACGAUCACAUCGGUGUUGCCAUAGCCGGUCUCACUGCCGACGGCCGCGUUCUCUCUCGCUACCUCCGCAACGAAUGCAUCAACCACGCCUUUGUCUACGAGUCUCCUCUACCUGUCUCCCGCCUCGUCGUACGACUCGCCGAUAAGGCCCAGGUGUGCACGCAGCGAUCAUGGAAAAGACCAUACGGAGUUGGCCUGCUUGUUGCUGGAUUAGAUGAAACUGGAGCUCACCUCUACUACAACUGCCCCAGUGGAAACUACUUUGAGUACCAGGCAUUCGCAAUUGGAUCCCGCUCACAAGCUGCAAAAACUUUCUUGGAACGCAGAUUCGAGUCUUUCAACAACUAUUCUCGUGAUGAACUUAUCAAAGAUGCAAUUUUUGCCAUCAAGGAGACUUUACAAGGAGAGAAGCUGACUAGUGCCAUCUGCACGUUAGCUGUUGUUGGAAAAGACGAGGCCUUUCAUUUGAUUGACCAGAAGAUAAUUGAGGAACUGAUUGAUUCAAUGGAGAUCAAAGAAGAUGCUCCUGCUGACCAGGCUCCUGUAACAGAUGAGGACGGAAGCACUGGAGCUGCUCCGAUGGAUAUCUGAUGAGAGAGAGACUUAAAUUCAAAAUUCAAUGACAUGCCUGCAGUUAGUUGAUAGUCAUGCUUGCACCAACUCUCUAGUGAAAUGUUAUUCCUAAUUUUAAACACAUCUGCACCUCGAGAAUUUGUUGUGGGUUAUAUUAAAACUGGUUUGUUUCCCAGCGAUGCUCUGGACGAUGUUAUGCAUUAGCCGUAAAAUGUCAUGUCAGUCGUGUUGAUGACUUGAUGCUGCAUUA